GGCAGGAGCGGCAGCGCCGGGCUCUUCGCCAGGCAGGUCCAGAAGCGCUUCAGCCGAGCCCAGGAGAAGGUAGGUGGGCACCCCAAAACUGUCCCUGACACCCCAAAACUGCCCCUGUCCGGCCCCAGCCUCUUCCUGAACACCCCAAAACUGCUCCUGUCCAGAGUCAGCCUCUCCCUGGGCACCCCAAAGCUGUUCCUGUUCACACUCAGCCUCUUUCGGACAUCCCAAAACUGCCUCAGCCUCUUCCUGGGUACCCCAAAACUGCCCAUGCCCAGCCCUAAGCUCUUCCUGGACACCCCAAAACUGCCCAUGUCCGGCCCCAGCCUCUUCCUGGUGAUGCACGAGAGCUCCCGCAGAGUGGCCGAGACGCUGCAGGAGAUUUACAGCCCCGAGUGGGAGGGACACGAGGAGCUCCGCGCCAUCGCCGAGAGCAAUGACCUCCUGUGGGACGAUUACGAGGCGAAGCUGGCGGACCAAGCGCUGCGGCUGAUGGACAAUUACCUGGCUCAGUUCGGGGACUUCAAGGACCGCAUCGCCAAGCGGGGYCGAAAGCUCGUGGAUUAUGACAGCGCCCGGCAUCACCUGGAAGCGCUGCAGAGCGCCAAGAAAAAGGACGAGGCCAAAAUCGCCAAGGUGUCCCCUCCGUGGGACAUCGCGGUCACCCCCUGUCCCCUCCCGUGUCCCCGCAGCCGCAUCGCCUGUUACGUCACCGUUUUCCAGAACAUCUCCAACCUCCGCGACGUCUUCUACAAGGAGAUGAGCAAGCUGAACCGGGACCUGUACGAGCUGAUGAGCAAAYUGGAGAAGCAGCACUCGAGCAAGGUGUUCAUCAUCAAAGGUGUCCCCAGCAACCGCCGCUCGCUGGUCAUCUCCUCGCCCGUGAGCCCCCCGGCCAUGUUCCCCUGCCCGUUCAAGGCGCCCGCGGGGGACGCGGAGGUGACACCGGGGUCCCCCGGCGCGGGCAGCGCUGCCACCGACGCCACCGCCAACGGGGACCUGGGGGCAGUUUCSCCGGGUCCCCCGCCGGCUUCUCCCGCCAGCGGGGGGUCCCUGGACACGGCGUCGGUGUCCAGCGAGGAGACCCCGGAGCCCGGCCCCGGCCGCGACAAUCCGUGCCCGGAGCAGGUGACAUCGGUGACAGAGUCGGUGUCCAGCGAGGAGACCGCUGAGCCCAUCUCCGACCCCCUCGCUCUGUCCCUUGCUCAGGGGACACCGGCGACAGCCGCGGAGCCGGGGGCAGAGCCCUCCAGCCGGGGUCCGGAGCCGGGGGGUGACAGCGGAGCUCGKGGGGACACCGAGAGCAUCGCCACCUCCCUGGCGUCACUGAUUUUAUCCGAGGCCAUCGCCCAGGCCACCGGCACCGUGUCACCCGAGGCGGGGAAAGCCGCGGACACGGCGGGGGACAGCGCGGCCACCAGCGCUGAGGGUCGGGCGAGUCCCGCGGUGUCACCGUCCCCAAGCGCGGCUGUCACCGGAGAUGUCCUCGGUCCCGAGGCGCUGGAACCGGCGUGUCCCCGGGAGCCGUGCCAGCUCGGCGGGGACAGGGGACAGCGCGGUGACACCGAGGACAGCGCGGAUGUCGAGGAAAAGGGCCGUUCCGGGACACCGGAGCAGGACACGAGCCAGGACAGGAGCCGGGACCCCCCCGAGGAUCCCCCCGAGUGCCUCAGCACGCUGUGACCCCGCGGGAAAUGCGGCGUCUUCCCCAAAUUCCUUCCCCAGAAUGCGCUUCCCAACCCCCCCAGCCCGUCCGAAAUAAAGGUGGAAAAGGCGGGAAAACCCCAAAUCUCCAUUUGGGAUCGCGGAGGGGUCCGGGGGGAUCCCCACAGGAGGGUUUGGGGUGGAUGAGGAAUGAAAGGGGGGUUCACUCUGUCCCCUCUCCCCAACACCCGUGAUUCAGGGAAAAGGCGCCGAGCUCCCGGAAAACGCCAAAAACCCCUCAAAACAC